GGUCGGGAAGGCGUGGGACUCUUGAUGUCAGGGUCACUGAGUUCCAGCCCCACACUGGGCGAGUUCCAGCCCCACAUCGGGUGUAGAUAGGACUUAAAAAAUAAAUAAGUAAACUUAAAAAAAAAAAAUGCAGUGGAAAAAAGAAGACCUGCCGGUGUCCCGCCGGUGUCCCGCCGGUGGGUCGGUAGCUGGUUCUCAGCACGUUAGGGCGGCCUGUGGGCAGCAGCGGGCUCUCCGUCACACGUCCGCCCACACCUCGUCCUUCUGCCCCCUCCCGCCAGCUCUCAGCAAAGCCAGUGCCCCAGCUCGUGUGCACACCAUGGCUCUGCCCUCAGUCCCACCAGAUACCCCUCAUCCUCGUCCGUGAUACAGGCCCUAAUCAAAGAGCUUCUGACGAGCUCAUCGGCUCAGGAUGGGAAACCACGCGGGAAAGCGGGAGUUAAGUGCGGAGAAGGUCAACAAGGACGGAGAGCCUAGCGCAGGAGAGUCUGACAAGAAGAGGGACAUCCGCCAGCUCUCCCAGGAGGCCUUGGAAGACAACGAGGUGUUCGGGGAGGCAGAUGUGGAGUGGAACAAUGGGACCCCCUCUCAGGACACAGCGGUGACAGACUCCAAGCGCACAGCGGACCCAAAGAAUGCCUGGCAGGACGCCAACCCAGCUGACCCCGGGGGCCGCCCCCACUUGAUCCGCCUCUUUUCCCGUGAUGCCCCGGGGAGAGAGGACAACACCUUCAAAGACAGGCCCUCGGAGUCAGACGAGCUCCAGACCAUCCAAGAGGACAGUGCAGCCACUCCCGAGGGCCUGGAUGUGAUGGCGUCACAGAAAAGACCCUCCCAGAGGCACGGAUCCAAGUACCUGGCCUCAGCAAGCGCCAUGGAUCACGCCAGGCACGGCUUCCUCCCGAGGCACAGAGACGCAGGCAUCCUUGACUCCCUUGGGCGCUUCUUUGGCGGGGACAGGGGUGCGCCCAAGAGGGGCUCAGGCAAGGUGCGUUGGCUCAAGCAGAGACGGAGCCCUGUGCCCUCUCAUGCCCACAGCCCGCCCGGGCUGUGCGCCAUGUACCAGGACGGACAUCAUGCGGCGAGAACUACCCACUACGGCUCCCUGCCCCAGAAGUCGCAGCACGGCCGGCCCCAAGACGAAAACCCCGUAGUGCACUUCUUCAAGAACAUCGUGACACCACGCACGCCUCCUCCAUCGCAAGGAAAGGGAGCCGAGGGGCAGAAGCCAGGAUUUGGCUAUGGAGGCAGAGCUCCAGCCCACAAGGGACUCAAGGGGGCCCAUGACGCCCAGGGCACGCUUUCCAAAAUCUUCAAACUGGGAGGAAGAGACAGUCGCUCUGGAUCACCCAUGGCGAGACGCUGAAGCCCUGCCUCGUUGUCCCAGAAUCCCGUCCUCAGCUUCUUAAUAUAACCGCCUUACGAUCUUAAUACCGUUCACACACUCCGUCCCUGCAGCAGACACCCCCGCCUAACGCCGCUGAGCUGUGCGCCCGGCAGGGCAGGCACGCCGCGUCCUGCCGGCAGUUUCCGGCCGUCGGCGCACAGAAUAUUAAACAGUUACUCGUGUCUGAAGACAACGCGUCCUCGGAGUUCGCUCCACGCGGUGGCCCCGACGCACCCCCGAGUUCACCCUCCGUCCUUGGCCUCGCUUGGCUGACUCGGCAUCCCCGGGCUUUGCGGGCACUGCCGUGGCGACACUGCUGUGGACACAGGGACAUGUGCAGGGCGGUGAGGACUGCUGAUCGAGCUUCCUUUGGUUUCUUUCCUGCCCCUUGCUCACCUCCUAACACACACUUACUUACUCUCCCUCCAGGAUGAGGCAGUCGGGAGCGGCACAGGGGGUUUUCGGUACGUGCAGUGCAGGCGGGCAGCUGUGAAGAGUCCGGGUGGUGGGCGCGGCGGGGGGGGGGGCACCUGCAGGCAGCGGCUGCCCACCACACCCGGUUAGUGGAAUUCGGGCGCAGCAGAGAGGGGACAAGGAGGCAAAGUUGGGCUGGGCUACGGCCCCCACAGGGAACAGGAUCUUCUUGGAAAUUAGGUGACGGCACAGCGGGAGCCAGAGCGGCUUCUACGAACAGCCUGUUUCCCCCCAGAGCCCAGCAGGAGGGUCCAGGGAGACGCUCGUCUCAGAGUGGGACUGGAGGAGUUUUCUGGGUGGCCUCACCGUGUCACCCUGGUCACUGUGGGAGGUGACCGGCGGUACACUUCUCACAGCAGUGCACGUUGCAGACCCUAACCCUCGUGGACACAUAACCUUCCGUCCGCUGGCAUCCGAGACACGGACGUGCGUAGUAGAUAGGCUUCGGAGGGCACGCUCCCCAAAUCGCUGAGCUGGCCGUCGUGGGGGCCGGGCCUGGCCGGCCCCAUGAGCAGAGACGAGGGCUCCUCUGAAUCAUGUCUUUUCUAACUUGAGCUGACCUUUCCUGUGCUCCCUUGUAACAUCAUACUGAUCCUGCCUUUUGAUUUUAGCGUAUCUCUUAGAGGCCUUCCAAGGAGCCCCACACCGGCAUCAUCCUCCCUUAGAACGAAGAUGAGAAAUAGUCAACAUAUCAACAUAAUCCCAUCCUAAUUCCGAUGUCCGGUGUGGGUUUAAUAUAAUGCCUAUUAAUCUAUAGCCUCAAUGAUGAGAGGGUUAUGGGAGAACAAGGAACAAAAUUUCAGAAACAAAACCUCCAAAUUUCGUGACACACACACAC